AUGGGGACACCUUCUGCAUCCCCAAGUCCUUUUGCCUUAGCCGAUCAGUCUGGACAAGUAGCUGACAAGCUUCCGCCUGCGACCCCGGUAUAUAUUCUUCGCGGUCAUGCAUCAUCGAUACAUGCCUUGCGCUUUUAUAGCAGAAACUCAAGACUUAUAUCUGGCGAUGCGGAUGGCUGGAUAGUUGUGUGGGAUAUGAGUACAAAACGCGCAGUUGCCUCUUGGAAAGCACAUGGAUCUGCUGUUCUAGGGCUUCAAGGUGUCGUCGUUAACUCAGAGCAAGAUGAAGCUGGACAGGGGCAAGAAGGUGGAAAUGAGAGAUGGGUAUUUACGCAUGGUCGAGAUCACAAGUUUCGCGUUUGGCGAUUAAAUCUUGCUGAUGAAGAAUCUUUGAGUAAAGAGCUACCUGUAGAUGAAUCGAAGAGCGUUCAUCCACGAAAUGAACCCUGGAUGCUUCAUUCUCUACCUGUUAACGCACUGAAUUUCUGUGCUUUUGCACUGUGCCGCAUAUUUCCGGACAAACGUUUGGCAUCCGAUACCAAAUCACUCGGUUGUCGGCAAAGCGCAAGUGUUGACUGUGUGCCUAUAGAAGAAAAUUCAAAACCGCAGCAUAUAUUCUUUCUAGCCGUACCCAAUGCGCUGAAUACUGGCGGUAUAGAUGUGUUCCACCUGCCUUCUGAGAAGCGCGUGUCGACCAUCUCUCCGGAUCCAUCAAUAAACACAGGAAUGGUGAUGGCCGUUGAACUGUUCAGAUGUCCUCAAGGAAAUCUAUGCCUGAUUUCCGGUUAUGAAGAUGGCCGUGUUAUGGUGCACACCAAAAAGUCACUGGAAUCUUUGGAGAGCCUGACCAUCAAUCAGUCAUCGUUCACCUGGGAGAGAAUAUACAUAAAUCAUCCACAUUCUCAACCAAUACUCUCUCUUUCCCUAUCGCCCCCAGGAAGAAACGAACAUGAUAUGUUCUUCCUCUCAUCAUCUGCUGACGAAAUUAUCGCCAAACAUCCCAUCACCGCUUCUAAAAGUCCGCUUAAAGUGCUAAAUACGAAACAUGCAGGUCAGCAGGGUCUACGAAUACGCAACGAUGGGAAAAUAUUCGCAACGGCUGGAUGGGAUUGCAGAAUUCGAGUCUACUCGUGUAAGAGUAUGAAGGAGUUGGCUGUUUUGAAGUGGCAUAAGGAAGGUUGUUAUGCCGUUGAUUUCGCGGACCUUGCUAAUGAGAAUAAAAUGAAUGACAAUGAUAAUGCUAAUACCGGAAGGAAGAGCCCUGGUUAUUCUGAUGAACCAAAUAAGGUGGACGCGAUGGGACCAGCUGCUGAUGCCCCGAAUUCGGAUACAGACACAAAGCCACGAACGAUGGCACUUAAUAGAGUCACUCCAGUUGGAUCACUCGCAGCAAUAAAGGAACAGCGAAGCCAAAAGGCACAAUCUACCCAUUGGCUUGGGGCGGGAUCUAAGGAUGGCAAAAUAUCAUUGUGGGACAUUUAUUGA